AUGUCUUGGCUAUAUUUGAUAAUUCCUUUGCUAAUCCUUCUAGCUUACUUUGCUGUACAGAAAGGGAAAAGAAUGGAUAACACAGAGGAGUUUAGCCAUAAAAACUUCUUAAUUGUCAUAGCACAUCCUGAUGAUGAAGCAAUGUUCAUGACGCCUACUAUUAGUAGGCUAAAUCAGGAAUAUCUAAACAACGAGAUCACCCUCGUAUGAUUCUCUACUGGCAAUGCUGAUGGUCUUGGCAAGGUCAGAACUAAAGAGUUACAGGAAAGUUGUAAAUUUUUAGGUAUAAACCAGUCAGAGGUCAUUCACGAUGAAACUCUCUUCGAGGAUAGUAUGAAAGUUGAAUGGAAUGAGGAUAAAAUAUCUAAUAAACUCAAAGAAGUUGUUACACAAAUUUUUCCAGAGACUGAUAUUAUUCUGACUUUUGAUCAGUAUGGAAUAUCUUCUCAUCCAAACCAUAUCUCUCUGUAUCAUGGUGUGAAAAAUUUCCUCAGGAUUAAAGGCAAAUAUUGAAAAGUUUCAAAAGCAUAUUCUUUAAAAACUUUAAGCCUUUGGGUGAAGUUUACAAGUGUUUUUGGAAUAUUUUCAAGAAAUACAACUGAGGAUGGAAGACAACUGUUCGCAUUUAAUCCAGAUCCUAAGUAUGCUAUCACAUCUUUGUCAGUACAUUACUCCCAGUUCGUCUGGUUCAGAAAGUUAUUCACUUUGUUCUCUACUUAUGUGUAUUUUAAUGACUGGAAGUUGGUUAAGUAACUUAAUGUGAAAGCAAUUCUGAUUUGA